AUCAUUUUAUUUGCUUCUUACACUGAACCAUCAAACAAUUUUUGUUUCAAUCCCGUCCCGAAAUGGCCCCGGAAGUUCCGAAGAAAUUUUACCGUCAGGUACUUAAAGGAGUUUCUUACUUCACAAUCAAGAAGAAACGAGACUGCAAUCUUCGUGACGUUGUCAGUUACGUCUAUUUGAAAAAUGCCCGGAACGCGACGGCCGACAUCUGCGAGGACGCAUCCAAACGGGUCCUGAACAAGCUGUGCUCCGAAGGAGUAAUUCAGAAAAAUGGAACCAAAUUCCGGUUGAAUUUUCUGGUGCCAUCUGGUGGGCCGCGACAGCAACCAACGGCGGUCGACCGAGGGGAAAUUGAGCCGGCUCCAUCAUCCAGCGCUGGGGGCCGAGCUUCUCGAAGACAACCAAGCUUUACUAAACGGACCGCUCGUAAAGUUCAGAGGAAGCCUAGUCGACCCCGGAGGAGAUCUGGCAAUCGGCGUCCAACGGAUAUGGAAGUUGCAAGUCAAGGAUCGAUAGAGCAGGAGGGUUCGGAUGAAGACUUCUGGGACGACGAUGAUGAAGAAGAUUUCAACGAUGGUAAUGCUUCUACCUCGACAACGUCUGUGAAACCACCGACCGAGCCAUUCCAGCACAAGCCGAUUAAAAAGGAUAUCGAUGCCGAAGUGGUCAGCACCCAGGUUAUUGCUAUCCCGGUUGUACCUUCAACGAAAACAUUGAAAGUUAGUUCGGAAGGAACAACCAGCUCGUCGGAACCAACUCCCAGAGCCUCCUCUGAUUAAUGAAAUACUUACGAUUUUGGAAGCCAUCAUCAUGAUUUACAAUGAAACUAAAUUGUUUUCGAAUGCAUAUAUUUAUAAAAGGAUUUUUAAACCAAUAAAUUAAAUCAAAAUCAUAGUUCCAA